AUGACACCGAACCUCUUCCUCGCAACUCAGACCCUCUUCUCCCCGCACAAAUGGUUCAAAGCCGGGCCCAAAUCUGAGCGUCCCUCGCGCCGGACAGAGCACUGGAACGACCCGGUCCCCGGAGUGUACGAGUACAUUCCCGGUAGGGGCUGGUACCUAGUUGCCACAGACCGGGAGCGCGAAAACAACACCUCCAAACGCCAUGACACCGGCAAUCGCACGCCGCACGAAGGGACCGGCCCAGACAACGAGGACGAAGACGAGUACGCAGUCGACCUUCCAGCCCUCUUGCAAGAAAACAAAGUCAUCCCCAUGAUCCCUCCUACGCCGGUCAAAUACUCCAAGGUCCUGAAACGCUAUCUCCUGGCCCCGGACUACGAGGCGCGCAAACGGCAUGGUCAGUAUCUAGAAAUGAACCCUGCACAGCACGGCGCGAACAAGCUGCUCACGGCUGGAUUCUUCCGCCUGGACGACGGCAUCGCGUGGGUCAAGUGCUGGGACCAGCAUGGCGAGUUCAUCCCCGGCCCGUAUAAGCUCUGGUGCGUGGAUAGGGAAACGGGUUUGUUUCGACAUAUGCUCAGGGGCGACGACCCAAAGUAUGCUGCUUCUCGGAGUCGCGGGAGUAGUAUCGAUGGUGGUGAUGAGGGCGGCAGGAAACGGAGGACGAGCCAAGAUAGCAGGAGCACGCAGUUCAAAGGCGGGAGCGGGGCGGGAACGAGGGCGAGUUCCAUCAGAGGACUUACGCCCAGUGCGCCGGCGAGUAGACCGGGGAGCAGGAGGGGGAGUCCCAAGAGGAGUCCUAGUGUGCCGCUUGAGGAGGCGAAGGAGAGGUUGAGGAAGUUGGCCGAGGAGCAGAAGAGUGCGAGUGCGAGUGCGGCAACACGUUUCCUUCUCACGAGUUAUGACAUUGGUGUCCCUUUUCCUGUCACGGCCGCUCGAUUUCACCGUUUCGCUCGUCUGCGCUGCUGA